UCAAGUUUGAUCAUUUCUACUGAACAGAGAUACAACGUGGUUUCUCUUGUUAGAAACCUAAGUUUCGUUCAGUCUUCUCGAUAUUAUGAAGACGGUAUUCACCUUUCUGGUGGUGGCUGGUCUGGUUUUUGUGGCGCAAGCUUAUUUCGAAGAUGAACGAUGCGAUGACGCCUUAAAAGAACAUACUGGACUCUGUAAAAGAUAUGCAGACGAGGGUCACUGUGCCAGAAGGAAGGUCGUUAGGGACUUCUGUCAGAGAUCUUGUGGCCAGUGCAACAAUGAAAAGAGAUACUACAGGCAAGGCUACAGACGAGAAUACAUCGAUAACAUAGAUGCACUUCUUCUUGGUGAACAGAAGAGAAAAAUCAUAAAAUCUCCUGAGAAAAAAGAGAAAAAGCGCAAGCUGAUCAUUCCAGAUAAUAGAGAGUGGAAUUUCAUGGACUGGAUUAGAAAGUAUGAUAGUCUCCAACAUUAACUUAUAGUUGGGAAAUAGURGGAGUUGCAGAGACUCAUACGGGAAGUAAAAAGAUAGAAAGAUACUUGCUAGAUUUCCAUAAAACAAUUAUUUUAAGCACAAAGUUUUGCAAAAUUUCCGACCACUAACAUCUAUCAGAAUAAUGUCCAGUGUAUCAUGGGUAUUUUAAUCAAAUCUUUGUAUUACGUAUCAAAUUCAUAAAUUAAUGCCAGUUGCCACCUUUAAUUGUAAAUCCAGGGCUUCCAAAUGGUUUUGAAAAACUUAACUAUAUUGAUAAAUAAUUGUCCUUGUUGGCUAAAUGCAAAGUAAAAUCUCUCUAAUAAACUAAUUUGUGAAUCAUG